ACCGGACUAGACGACAAUGGAAGGUCUCCAACUUUUCAUCAUCUAAAUUUUAUGUAGUAAUUAUUUACAUACCUCCUCCACUCCAAGCAUCGCUGAAAAGCCAACCGUACGUCUGCACUGCAAUUGUGCGUGGAGAGAGAAAGAGGAAGCAGAGAGAACUCCAUUGGCUCUUUCUACCCCGUCUCUCUGCACCACGGUCCCAUUCUCUCUCUCUCCCACACCCACCCCCCAACCCAAACUCUUCAGAAUAGCAGGGAUCUUGUCUUCUUUGUCUCUUUUUCUUGAUUCCUUCCCCUUCCACCACCACAAGAGCAGAUGAAGAUUCCAAGAGAGAAUGUUGCCGAUAAAAGUCUAAUCUCUCUCGCCAUUCCCUCCCCUCCACCACAGAAAUUCUAUCUCUGACUCUCAAUUUAUUCUCCCAUUUCCUUUCUUCCCUCCACCAAUCCCCCAACCCCAACUACCAAAAAAGAGUACCUCUUUCUACUAGUUACCGCUCUUUCUCAUCCAUUCUGAUCUGGAGUCCUCUUAUCCUUUCUGCUCUCUUUUUCUUCCUCAUUGCUUGAUUUGGUAUGUGUUGCUGGUAAUUCUGUUCUAUUAAAAUGUCUAAUUGGUGUUUUUGUUUGCUCGGAUUGAUGUCUAUGAGCUGAAAUUCCAUCUAAAUUUGUUUAGACUCUGAGUAAGUUUCCUAUCUUCUUCUUUAUCGUUCUUGUCGGACAUUUUUGAAGUGAAUUACUGUGGAGUUGGAUUUUGUUGGGUCAGCUGUAGAUUCUGUAAGGCCCUCGUCGCUCUCGGGUCAGUCUGCGUAGCUUAGGGAAUGCGGUUCAUAGUUCUGUUUGUGGUGAUAUGGGUAGGACUUGCCAGAGGAAGUUCAGAUGUAGAUGCACUCUUGGAGUUCAAGAAAGGGAUCAAGGGAGACCCUUUGGGGCAUGUCUUCGGUACUUGGAAUCGUGGCGACUCGCCAGAUUCUAGUGGUUGUCCUCGAAACUGGUAUGGAGUCCAGUGUAGUGGUGGUCGGGUUUCCUCAGUCACAUUGAACGACAUGGCUUUGGUAGGUAACAUUAGUCUGUCCAACUUUGCUAGAAUGGGGAUGCUUCGGAACCUUUCUCUGUCGAACAAUCAAUUAAUGGGAAUUCUCCCCUCUGAACUGGGGUCUGCGAGCUCUCUGGAGUUUCUGGAUAUAUCACAGAAUUUGCUUGUUGGAAAUGUACCUCUUGAGUUGACAAAAAUGGUGAAUCUGGUGUAUCUGAAUCUAUCUUCGAAUAACUUUGGGGGUAUGGUGCCUUCUGGUUUAGGAAAUCUAAGACGGCUGAAGUAUUUAGACUUGCGGGGUAACAGUUUUUCUGGUGGUAUAGAUGGUAUUCUUGGCCAACUGCAAAGUGUGGUUCAUGUCGAUCUCAGCCAGAACCAGUUUUCUGGAUCAGUGAAGUCAAUGGCUGAUGGGUCCUCUGAAAUUAUUAGCUCAUUACAGUACCUAAAUGUUAGCCACAACAGGUUGUCCGGGGAGCUAUUGGCCAAAGAUCCGAUUCCUUUAUUUGACAGUUUGGAGGUGUUUGAUGCCAGUUUCAAUCAGCUUAGUGGUUACGUCCCUUCUUUCAAUUUUAUAGUUUCACUCAAGAUUCUACGUCUGGGAAACAAUCAGUUCUCUGGUUCUUUGCCUGAAGCAUUGAUCAAAGAAAAUUCAAUGGUAUUGACUGAACUUGACCUAAGCAGCAACCAACUUUCAGGUCCAGUGCAAAGCAUAACUUCUGCAACUCUGAAGAAUUUGAAUCUCUCCACAAAUAAACUGUCAGGUUCUCUGCCUGUCAGGGUAGGGAGUUGUGCUAUUGUGGAUUUGAGUAAUAACAUGCUUUCUGGAAACUUAUCCAUAAUUCAGAGUUGGGGAAAUUAUGUGGAAGUUAUAGAUCUGAGUUCAAACAAACUGACAGGAACUUUGCCAAAUGAAACAUCUCAGUUUCUGAGGCUGACCUCUUUCAAGGUUUCAAACAACUUGUUGAUGGGGGAACUUCCACUUGUGAUUGGGACAUAUCCAGCCAUAAAUGUUAUUGACCUCAGUCUUAACCAACUAAAUGGACUUCUACCUCCAAGUCUAUUUACAUCAUCAAGAUUGAGGGAUCUAAAUCUUUCAGGAAAUAGCUUUACUGGACCUAUCCCAUUCGCAAACUCUCAGGGUACAAUUUCCCCUUCCUCAGAUGUUCCAGUACUCCUGACCCAAAAUUCGAAUUUGGUCUCUCUUGAUCUUUCGAAUAAUACCUUAAAUGGUUCUUUGCCGCAAGAAAUUGGUGAAUUGACAGCACUACAAUUGCUGAAUAUUGGAAGAAACAAUAUUUCAGGACAGAUCCCAAAAGAAAUUGGUAUGCUUCACAGGUUGCUAUACAUUGAUUUGUCUAAUAACCAUUUUAAGGGCACUAUACCUGACAAUUUCCCUGAAGGCCUUGUUGGAUUCAAUGUCUCAUACAAUAAUCUCUCUGGCAUUGUUCCUGAUAACUUGCUGAGAUUUACUGAUUCAUCAUUUCAUCCAGGGAAUGACCUACUAAUUUUUCCUCAUGUACCUUCUUCAAAUGUUUCCAACUUCACUGAUAAAGGAGUACAUGGUGAUCACAAGAAAAAUGCUGUUAGAUAUGCUUUAAUUGCUGGUGCAAUUUUUCUUAGUGUAAUUACUGUGAUAAUACUGAUCUAUUAUAGGGUGUCCAAUGCGAACAGAGGGAAAGGUGAUGAUAAGCAGAAGUCUCCCAUUCCUCAACUUUUUGGGCAAUGGCAAAGUGUGGAUCCACCUUCUGCUUCUUUGAGUUCCUCUCAGGAUCACUUAUUUUCAUCAAGGUCUGUGUCUAUGCCUCUAGAGCAUGGUAACAUUGCGUUGGCUCCCAGAGAGUCUGCGGAACCCAACAUUCAAGGUUCAUCAACAAAAGCUGGGCACGAUGAUCAUGCAACAAUCAGUAGUUCCCCAGCAAAGAAUGGAGUGAAAUCUUCGAUGUCCGUCAUCAUUUCCUCCCCACCUAGUGAUCCAUAUAUAUCCCAGCAUCCUUCUAUUCUUAGUGUGCAUUCCCCAGAUAGACUGGCUGGAGAUUUGCAUCUCUUUGACAACUCAUUUAUGUUUACAGCAGAGGAACUUUCCCAUGCUCCUGCAGAAGUUAUUGGUAGAAGCUGUCAUGGAACCUCUUAUAAAGCUACCCUUGAAAGUGGCCAUGUUUUGACCAUUAAGUGGCUGAGAGAAGGAAUUGCAAAGAGUAAGAAGGAAUUUGGCAGGGAAGCAAAAAAACUUGGAAACAUCAGGCAUCCAAAUAUAGUGUCUCUAAGGGGUUAUUAUUGGGGUCCGAAAGAACAUGAGAGGCUUAUCAUAUCUGAUUAUAUUGACGCAGCAUCUUUAACAGCUCACCUAUGUGAGUCUGAACAGAGAAAGCUCUAUCCCUUAUCUUUGAGGCAACGGCUUGACAUCGCUGUAGAUACUGCUCGCUGCCUGGACUGCCUACACAAUGAAAAAGCAAUUCCUCAUGGCAAUCUUAAAUCCACAAACAUCUUAAUUCAAGCUCCCAAUUUGAAUGCUCUUCUGACUGAUUACAGUCUACAUAGGAUAAUGAACCCAGCUGGCAUGGCUGAGCAGGUUUUAAAUGCCGGUGCUCUUGGAUACCGUCCACCAGAAUUUGCAAGCACAAGUAAGCCAUGCCCAUCAUUAAAGAGCGAUGUAUAUGCUUUUGGGGUUAUUUUGCUUGAGCUGUUGACUGGGAAAAAUGCUGGAGAAAUUGUCUCUGGAAAUCCUGGCAUUGUAGAUCUGACCGACUGGGUGAAGUUACUGGCUAGUGAGAACCGUUCAUAUGAGUGCUUUGAUCGGCAUAUUCUGGAAGUUGACAGUGCUGAAAGCCCCCCUAGGGUGCUUGAAGAUAUAUUACGGGUGGCCCUCAGGUGUAUUCGUUCAGCAUCUGAAAGACCUGAGAUCAGAACCAUAUUUGAUGAUCUCUCUUCCAUAACCUUUUAAUCCAGCUGCAGGGUUGUGCAUCUUCUACUAACCCAAUUGAAGAAUUUUAGCUCCUUAGUGCUAACAUUAUUAAUGAUUUUCUCCCCAUUUGCUUCUUCAAACAUGUUAAGUUUCCUGUGGUGUACCCUUCAUUCUUUUAUUUGGUCUGGCCAUUCUCAACUGUCUAGGAUAAUAAUCCUAUGGCUUGUACAAGUUGAGGAAAGAAAUAAAUGUUCGUGGUGAGUUUAUUCUCUGACCUUGUUAAGGUGUUAGUGGUUUCAUUCUCAGAAGCCAAAGAAUUUGAAAGAGAUGAUGUAGCUUCUUGUGAUGGUUUUAGAAAAGAGAUAUUCCUGUUGUUUUUGUUUCCUUA